UUUGAGACUGUUUCCUUCUUCACUAUGCGGCUGACUUAACCUCGGCGCCGUGAAUGAUUCGGACGCUAGCGGAAAAGGCGUUAAUCAGACAGCGAGAUGUUUUUCCUGACGCGAAACCCUUAAUCUCCUUUCCAGUGCCCUUCUACCAAACAACACCUCUUCAACAAAUCGACACCCAUGGAACUGCGCUUCCAACCCGCAGCUUGACCACCUUCAUCGUACAGCAAGCUCUCUCGACAGGGAAAUCACCGCCUUCUUCUCUCCGCAUCUCUCACCGCCAGCCCCCUCAACCGACUCACACGAUGGCAGAGGAGCCAUCGUCUCCUUCCCCUCCGCUUGAGCGAGGCUCUUCACCGGAGCCCUGGGUUUCCCCAUCUCUAGCCCUGAACGCUAUCCCCCAGCUCGAUAGGUCCGUCUCAACAGCCUCCUCUGUGUCCUCUAUCUCCGGCCGGUCAGCAAGCUCGCGGCUCUCGGACAGCGGUGUUCCGGGGAGGAGGAGAGGCUAUAUUAGGCCGGAAGGGACGCAGUUCUCGAAAUCGGCAAGAAGUCGGGAGAGUGUAAUGAACCUUGGGACCAUCGCACAUCUCCAAUACUAUUUCGCCAGGACCGGCCUGCUAGAUACCGCCACCGGACGCGUUGCAAAAGCAAGAAAGAAUGGAUCGAGGACCGCAAGCGGCUCGUCCCGUCCAGGCUCGGGGAUCGAGGGCGACAUGUCUCUUCUCUCCAUUUCCUCAUCCGACAAUGUCGCUGCCGACAACGACCACCUGGGAGAGGGCCUGGUCGAGUCGCCGUUAGACGAAACCGCUUCCAUGAACUGGGAAGACAACGAGCCCGUCAUGCUUCCUCCUACUGUUAGCACCUACAAGACAACACCUGUCUACGUUCCACCCCCGCCCGAUAUGACCAUCCUCCGCCGUGAAUUACGUGAAAAUUUAGAAGAAGCCAUGAAACACUUGCACGUGCUGGAGCAGGGCUUCGCUAGUACGGAGUCGAAUGGCGAUAACGCGGACGGCACGAAAAAUUGUGUUAUAGUACAGCAGUCGUCAGACAACCAAGGGUGGUAUGAGAUUCAGGGAUUGAAUCUACUCGACGUCGUGACAUUAGCAAUCAGAGCUGCGAAGAACUAUUAUACGGCACACGAGAAUACCCAACGCUUAUAUACUAUCAAAUCGGAACGGGAGAUCCGGGCAGAGCUGUAUCAAGUAUUAGAUGUUCUGAAACGUCUGGCUGCACGCAAUUUUGCAGGUGGCGUCCAGCCAUAUGAAGUCUCGAGCAUCCAAACCUGGGUGCUCUGCAUCGGUAAACUGUUAAAUACAGAAGAAGAGAAAGAACGGCUCGAACAGGAGGAGAGAGACAGCUGGAGCUGGCGAGAAGGUGAUUGGGCUGGCAAAGAGAGGGAAAGGGAGUGGAUGUUCCUCAAGUCAUUCGACCCAAAUCCAGAACCACUCCCUUCGUGGACGGGCCCUUCCGAUGGCCAGGUCCCCACCCCAUUUCUAGAGGCGUUACAGAAUGGGCUUCGUCUGGUUCACCUUCACAAUGCACUCGUCAAAAAGUCACGACGCCAGUUUGAAGAGAUCAAGCAGUAUCAUACCGACACUGCAAAGCCAUAUCGCUGUGCUGAGAACCUGCGAUACUGGGCUAAGGCAGCAGAGCUUCGAUGGGAUGUCAAGCUCGACGUGGAUGUCAUGGGUGUCGUGCACGGCCACAACGAGGCGGCUUGGAAGAAAUUCGAUGCUGCUCUGCUGAAAUGGUGCCAGGGCGUCCGCGAGGAGAUCAUCCGAGAAUGGAAGGAGCACAAGAACCAGGUCAAGACGCCGACACUGCAGAUUGAUCCCAACUACGAGGCAGAAUGAAGAGGGUGUCCUGCAGGAAGCGCGGGAAGGGCACGGAUGUGGUGUUUUCUUUCUCUGUUCAUGUUCAACCCUACUGCCCUAAUAAUUUGCUGACGAUGCAUCCGAACUGUUCACGAAAGCCCUUCCACUGUCACUGCACAAACCAACGCCCCACUUUGCCUCAUUUCAUUUGUCGGCAGCGCCGUGGAAGGUCGCGAGCGCGCUUGUUUCAAGAUUUUCUAGAUACCCCCAGACCAGCAAGUUGAAUUUGCAUAUCCACCUGCAGAAAGUUAGGUAGCUCUACACUCAUCAAGC